AUGGAGACACUGAGCAGCAUCGAGAAUCAGAAGACGCCGUUCGGCCUCCUCAGGGUGUUCAGCGUUGUGAUCCCGUUCCUGUACGUCGGGACGCAGAUCAGUAAGAACUUCGCAGCCCUGCUGGAGGAACACGACAUAUUCGUCCCAGAGGAUGAUGAUGACGAUGAUUAA